UGCCAAUAGCCUGUUUUUGCAGUUUGGAGACGAUCCUCAAAUCUUCAAUACCAGCUUCUCGCUUCAACCGGGGGAAAAUAACAGGAUUAUUUUUAAGCGUGACAGAGAGAGCGGCUUGACAAAUCGUUAAACAAUGGUGUAGCAAGUGAAGAAGAUUCUUCGAGGUUCUCUAGAGAGAGAGAGAGAGAGAGAGAGAGAGAGAUUUGAGAGGCAAAAAGGAAGAGGGAAUAAAGCGUGAAGUUGAUGAUUGUUUUGGAGGGUUCUGGAGCGCAAAAGGCGUUAAUUUGAAGGAAACGAAGAACGAAGAAGAAUCCUCAAAGAGAGAGGGGGAAAAAAGAAUGGAUGGGAAUGGAGUAGAGAGGGACCUGGAGAUAGAGUCUGGUGGGGUGGCGAUGAUCAUGGCGAAUGAUUAUGGCAAACAACAAGACAGGGAAGACGAUACAUCAGAGCCAUCCUCAGACGACGUCGUCGUCAAAGAAAGCUUUCUCAGAGAGCCUUUGCUUCUCAAGAACAAUAGGAUGAACAACACCUCGCAGCUCGCCAUUGUUGGAGCAAAUGUUUGCCCUAUUGAAAGUCUUGAUUACGAGAUGAUUGAGAAUUAUCUAUUUAAACAAGAUUGGAGGUCUAGAACGAAAGUCGAAAUAUGCCAAUAUAUUGUUCUUAAAUGGACUCUUGCACUUCUAAUUGGUUUAAGUACAGGGCUUGUCGGAUUUUUCAAUAACCUUGCUGUUGAGAACAUUGCUGGUUUCAAGCUUCUACUCACUAACAAUCUCAUGCUCAAAGAAAAGUAUUAUCAGGCCUUUGCAGCAUUUGCCGGUUGUAACAUGGUUUUGGCUGUUGCUGCCGCAAUCCUCUGUGCUUACAUUGCCCCUGCAGCAGCUGGAUCUGGCAUACCUGAGGUGAAGGCCUACCUCAAUGGUAUAGAUGCCCAUUCUAUAUUGGCUCCAAGUACCCUCUUUGUAAAGAUCUUUGGUUCAAUUUUUGGUGUUUCUGCGGGGUUUGUUGUUGGUAAGGAAGGACCUAUGGUACAUACUGGUGCUUGCAUAGCCAAUUUACUCGGACAAGGUGGUUCUCAAAAGUAUCGACUGACAUGGAAAUGGCUGAGGUUCUUUAAAAAUGAUCGAGAUCGAAGGGAUUUGAUCACAUGUGGUGCAGCUGCAGGGGUUGCUGCUGCCUUCCGAGCUCCAGUUGGUGGUGUCCUUUUUGCACUUGAAGAAGCAGCUUCAUGGUGGAGGAGUGCCCUUCUGUGGCGUACUUUCUUUACAACGGCAAUAGUAGCAGUAGUGCUAAGAAGUUUCAUGGACUUGUGUCGGGGUGGAAACUGUGGUCUUUUUGGGGAAGGCGGGUUGAUAAUGUUUGAUGUUAAUGAAGCGAAGCCUGCGUACAGCACUCUUGACCUUCUGGCAGUUGUAUUUCUGGGAAUCGUUGGAGGCAUUUUUGGAAGCCUUUACAAUUAUCUUGUGGACAAGGUCCUUCGCACUUAUAGCAUCAUCAAUGAGAGGGGCCCUGUAUUUAAAAUUGUACUUGUUGUCACGAUCUCCUUUUUGACCUCUUGUUGUUCGUAUGGUCUUCCAUGGCUAUCAAAUUGCAUCCCUUGUCCUCCUAACUUGGAGGAUCAGUGUCCCACUGUAGGUCGCUCCGGCCACUACAAGAAUUACCAAUGUCCUCCUAACCAUUACAAUGACCUUGCUUCUCUCUUUUUCACUACUAAUGAUGAUGCCAUCCGCAACCUCCUUAUAGGCGGCUCUGACAAAAAUUUUCAUCUUUCUACACUUCUAAUCUUCUUUGUUGCAAUAUACUUCCUUGGAAUCAUCACUUAUGGAAUUGCUGUUCCCUCUGGACUAUUUAUCCCUGUCAUACUUGCCGGGGCCUCUUAUGGGCGCCUUGCUGGCAGUCUUUUAAGUCCAUUCACUGUACUCGAUGUUGGAUUGUUUGCCCUCCUCGGAGCUGCAUCCUUCCUCGGUGGUACCAUGAGAAUGACUGUUUCUAUUUGUGUCAUACUCCUUGAACUCACUAAUGACCUCCUAAUGCUCCCACUGGUAAUGCUGGUUCUUCUUGUUUCAAAGACUGUGGCUGAUAGCUUCAAUAAAGGUGUAUAUGAUCAGAUGGUUAAAAUGAAGGGGCUGCCUUAUAUGGAAGCACAUGCUGAACCAUACAUGAGGCAUUUAGUCGCAAGUGAUGUUGUUUCUGGCCCUCUGAUUACUUUUUCUGGGGUUGAAAAGGUGGGGAAUAUCAUCCAUGCUUUGAGGAUUACUGGCCACCAUGGUUUUCCUGUGAUUGACGAACCUCCUUUCUCGGCUGCUCCUGAGUUGUGUGGGUUGGUUUUAAGGUCGCAUCUGCUUGUGCUUCUUAAGAGGAAGAAGUUCACAAAGCAGAAGGUGAUGACAGGGUCUGCGAUUUUGAGGAACUUCAAAGCACGUGAUUUUGCAAAGCCAGGGUUAGGAAAGGGGCUCAAGCUUGAUGAUUUGGACAUUUCAGAGGAGGAGGUGGAGAUGUAUGUUGAUCUCCAUCCAAUUACCAAUACUUCACCAUAUACAGUAGUCGAAUCGAUGUCUCUAGCGAAAGCUGCGGUCCUUUUCCGGGAGCUUGGCCUCAGGCACUUGUUGGUAGUGCCAAAGACACCUGCAAGACCUCCAAUUGUUGGGAUCUUGACAAGGCAUGACUUCAUGCCUGAGCACAUUUUGGGACUAUACCCUCAUCUGGAUCCACACAAAUAGGGGAAGCAAUAAGAUUUUUGUAGAUUAUCAUCUUCAUCAUCUCCCUCAAAAAUCAUUACAAAGCACCAUGUAUUCAAUCCCUUUGAAACUCGAAGAUUAUCCGAUUGAGGGUGCAGUUCUAUAGAUGUGAUGAGUAGGCAUUUGCAGCAUAAUGCAUGAGUGAAUUAAUGAGCCUAUUUCAUUUUCUCUUUGGUUUUUGUAAUUUCUAUUCAGUUUAUUUGACUUCAUUUACACAUAGUUCUUAUAAGAAAGAGGCUUUCGGGGCCUAGUUAUGGCAAAAACCAAAUCAUCUUGUUCAUUUCAUUAUUCAGUUAUUUACAUAUAUGUAUAUAUAUUUAUAGGUGGGCAAUUAUUACAUCUUGUCUGAAAACCUGGUAAUGAGGAAAAAUUAUUGUAAUUUUAUGGUUUGCAUGAUUGAUAUAGCAUAAUACUAUCUUGCAAUCUAUGUAGUUGAUCCUAUUUGGUGAAAUAAAAUUUGUUAUUAUUGUUGUCGAUGA